CUGCAGACUCCACUCCAGCUGAUGAGCCUUUGAUUCCAGAUGCGGUUCGACAGUCUAGCAUGAAGCAGGUUCCACUAACGUUAGUCUAGUGUCUCGAAGAGCUGCUUGCAUCAGCCCUUCGAUCGCCGCAGAAUGCAACCGCAACAUCAACUUCCAUCGGCGCAAUGGCAGAAGUCAACCUUCAGGAAGUCCAUGACACGCUGGUGUCCAUCGCCUUCGAGGCGGGGCGCAUGAUCCUCGCUGCAAACCCGAGCAGCAUCUCAACUGACACUAAGCUCAAUGCCGUGGACAUUGUAACAGAAACCGACCAGGCCGUUGAACGGAUGGUUCUGGAACGGCUGCGCGCCGCGUACCCGGCCUUCCACUUCGUCGGCGAGGAGUCGUACCAGCCGGAAGUGACGGCUAUCACCGCCGCGCCUACCUUUAUCGUGGACCCGAUUGACGGAACGACCAACUUUGUGCACUCGUUCCCUAACGCGUGCAUCUCGCUCGGCCUUGCCGUCGACCGCGUCCCGGCCGUGGGCGUCGUGUACAACCCAUUCCAGGACCUGCUCUUCACGGGCAUCCGCGGCCAGGGUAGCUACAUGCAGCGCAACGCCUCGCUCGCUGCGGGCCAGGGACAAGGAGAGAAAGUGCGGUUACCAAUUGGGGGCGGCACGAGGCCGCUUGAGAACUUGAGUACCGCCUUGGUGUCCAUCGAAUACGGCAGCCAGCGCGAUGGUGAGAAUUUUGAGCUCAAGUUGAGGACUUUCCGCAAGUUGGCCGCGGCGAAGGAGAGCGGCGGCGCGAUGGUUGGCGGCUUACGCUCGCUAGGCAGCGCGGCGCUGAAUCUUUGCGCGUGCGCCGCUGGGCAGCUGGAUAUGUACUGGGAGGGCGGAUGCUACGCCUGGGAUGUUGCAGCUGGGUGGUGUAUCCUGAUCGAGGCCGGUGGACAGAUGGUGAGUGGGAACCCCGGGGAUUGGAACCCGGCGCUGGAUUCAAGAGUUUACCUGGCCGUUCGGGGCGCCAGCGGCGGGCAGAAAGAGAUCAUUGAGGAGUUCUGGAAGGUCAUCGGGGAUGGUAGGAUGGACUACAAGCACUGAUUGCCGAGUGGUUACUGCAUUUAGCGAUAGACCCAACACUAGACGAUUGGUACGAAUUCUCCGUUUGCUCGUUAACGAAACUUUCCACCCUCCCCGCUACCGUUCAUACA